AUAGGCCUAUCUUUUAACUUGUUCAUGUUUUACAUAAUUGAUUGGUUUGAAAAUAUUUCUGUUGUAUUGUGUUGUUCUGUGUCGCUCAUCUACCGUGGUACUGCCUGUUGCUUAUGGGGUAAAUGGAAAACAAUUCUUAUCCACUAUAUUUUAAUCUGACAAUGUUUGUGAACAUAGGAAAGUUUCGCUACCCAGCAUUUGUCUUGUUUUUACUCUUGUAUACUUUUAUUAUCUCAGCGAAUCUUGUCAUAAUAGUGGUAAUAUCAAGAGAGAAAACCUUACAUGAACCUAUGUAUAUUUUUAUUAUGUGCCUCUCAAUUAACUCUCUGUAUGGCUCUGGUGGAUUUUUCUUCAGAUUUCUAAGAGAUCUUCUGUCUGACUCUAACUUGAUUGCACGUUCGGCUUGUUUCACUCAGAUCUAUAUCAUAUACACCUAUGCAUCCUAUGAGCUUACCAUUUUAGGCAUAAUGGCAUAUGAUCGCUUUGUUGCUAUAUGCCAGCCUUUGCAUUACCACAGCAAACUAACUUCAAGGGUGAUCUCCAAGUUGCUCGCUUUUGCAUGGAUCUAUCCAGCCUUUUCAGUUGCAGCCUGUGUUUAUUUGGCUUCCAGACUUCCAGUGUGUGGCAAUAAGAUACCUAAGGUAUUCUGUGCCAACUGGCCUGUUGUAAAAUUGUCGUGCGUCCCUACAGUGAUCAAUAAUAUUAUUGGCAUGUUUGUGAGUAUAACCACAGUGUUUCUGCCACUUGCUUUUGUCUUGUAUACAUAUAUGCGAAUUUUCCUUGUUUGUAGGAAGCGCUCUUCAGUGUUCAAGAGCAAAGUCAUACAGAGCUGCCUGCCACACAUUGUUACUUUUAUCAAUUAUUCAAUUACUGUGUUUUGUGAUGUUGCCCUCAGCAGAAUUGACCUUGAAGAGCUGAAUCCAUUUCUGAGCAUCAUUCUGUCACUGGAGUUUGUUGUGAUUCCCCCCAUUUUGAAUCCUCUCAUGUAUGGUUUAAAGUUACCAGAAAUUAGAAAGUGUAUCCUAAGAAAGUUAGUAUGCCUAAUUAGAUACAUGUCACAUGACAAAGAAAAUAGUGUAAAAUAA